AUGGCACAAGGCGUCGACGAGGUGGCGCAGGCGCUGGUGGCGUCGUGGGUGGGCAGGGCAGAGGCUGGGGCAGGGCUGGAGCUGGCCUUGGCCGAGGUCGCUGCUCACUUUCCGGGCCGUGAGGAUGAGAUCGCACUGCUGGCGUCACUGUUGACGGACAGGACGUGCCCGCCGGUAUAUGUGUAUGGGAUGACGGCGACGGGCAAGACGAGCUGCGUCACUGCUGUGGCUCGGUGCCUCCAGGAGACCGGGCCGGACGAGGUGGUGGUGGCGUACGUCGACGUGCCUGCCGAGCCGGACGCCGGCUCGGUGUUGGAGCGGAUCUUGGCAGCUUUGGAAGGCCACAAGCCAACGGCGGAGAACGGCUUUGCGGCAUGUUCGCGCCCUGUUCCGGAUCUGGCGAGCUUGCUGGAGGCGCUGUCUGAGGUGGACGAGGCGGCGGUGGCGCGGCGGCACGUCGUCAUCCUGGACCACGUCGAGUCACUGCCUGCGCUCAACGGGCACAUCCUGCCGACGCUCUUUCGGCUCGACGAGCUGACCGGUCUCGACGUGGUCGUUGUGUGCAUCUCAGAAGUGGUGUGGGACAAGCUCCGGUUCCACACCGGAUGCCGCGAGCCGGUCCCGCUCUUCUUCCGGGCGUACACCAAGUCGGAGGUGCUCACCAUCUUGCCGCUGAUGUGCAAGCCGAGCGCCUCUGAGCUUGCCCUGUUCAGCACCUUUGCAGGCCUCAUGUACAACGUGUUUUACAUCUCGUGUCGCGACCUCAACGAGCUGGCGUAUGUCACCAAUCUGCUCUUCGACACCUACGCCCGCCCUGUCCGCGACGGCUCGAUCGACGCGUCGAACACGACAGGUCUGUACGACGCGCUCCGGCCGUAUCUUCAGCAGGUGCUGGACAAGGUCUAUCUCCGCGAGCUGACCGCGUCGCAGUGGAAGGCCGUCUCGACAAGCAACGACGACUUUGCGGCGUACCGCCAGUCGGCGGUCGAGCUCGAGGUUGAGCUCUCGCGCGACUCGAAGCUCCUGCUUAUCGCCGUUUACCUCGCGUCGUACAACCCGCCGAUUCUGGACAAGCGGUACUUUACCUCGACCCACGCGGUACGCGGGCGGAUCGGCAACAAGCAGGGCGAGCGCGUGGCGCAGCACCUCAUCGGCCCGCGGACUGUCGCCCUCGAACGUAUCCUCGCCAUUUUCGAGGCCAUUGUCGAGCCGGGCGAGGGCGUUCCGCUCACGCCCAACCUUCUUGUCGAGCUCACCACGCUUGUCGAGCUCGACCUGGUUCGCACACGCAAGCUCAAUCUCGACGGGCCCAAGUACAAGGCCAACGUGAGCCUCGACUUUAUCGCCGCCAUGGCCAAGUCGAUCGGCAUGGACCUCGCCCGGGUCCUGCACUCACACUGGGAACAGUAGCGCUUGAGGCAACGUACACACGAUAAGUGAAC